CCUUUUAAACUCCUCCGAAGCCACGAAGCCUUCCAGAAUAAUCUAAUCUAAAUCCUCUUGGAAACAAAACUUCCCUGAACUUCACCAUUCUCUCUCAACCCUCUCUUCCAAGGGGAGAUGAGCCGUUCAAGCCGCACGCUCUAUGUAGGCAAUCUGCCUGGGGACACUCGUAUGAGAGAAGUUGAAGAUUUGUUUUACAAGUAUGGGCCCAUUGUUGAUAUUGAUUUGAAGAUCCCACCAAGGCCCCCUGGUUAUGCUUUUGUUGAGUUUGAGGAUCCGCGUGAUGCUGAAGAUGCAAUUCGUGGUCGAGAUGGUUAUGACUUGGAUGGGUAUCGUUUACGGGUUGAACUUGCUCAUGGUGGGCGAAGGCCUUCAUCAUCUGUGGAUCGCCAUAGCAGUUACAGUGGCAGCAGUAGCCGCGGACCUUCCAGGCGAUCUGACUAUCGUGUUUUGGUGACUGGUUUACCAUCUUCUGCCUCUUGGCAAGACCUAAAAGAUCACAUGCGCAAAGCCGGGGAUGUCUGUUUCUCUCAAGUGUUUCGUGAUCGUGGAGGCAUGACAGGGAUUGUAGAUUACACAAACUAUGAUGACAUGAAAUAUGCUAUAAGGAAGCUUGAUGACUCUGAGUUUCGAAAUGCAUUUAGCCGGGCUUACAUACGGGUGAAGGAGUAUGAUUCAAGAUAUGAUUCUAGGCGCAGCUACUCUAGAAGUCCAAGUCAUAGCCCAUAUAGUCACAGCCCUAGUCGCAGCCGUAGCUAUAGUAGCAGGAGCCGGAGCAAGUCUCCUAGGGCCAGAUACUCGCAUCGUUCUCCAUCUGUAUCUAGGUCUGUUUCACCGCGUUCCCACUCAAUGUCAGCUGCCCCCUCUACGUCAAGUUUGAUUGGAUGUCAGCUUUUGGCUUGGCAGAGAAAGGCUUGUGAACCUUAGUUAUUGUGUAGACAUCAAAUUGCUUAAUACCAUCCCAUGAGUUUUUACAAAUAUCUAAGUGUUUGUCAACUGUCAAGCUCUAGCUGAAUCUGAGCCUUCCUUAAAUAUAGCUGAGUUUUUACACGUAUCUAAGUGUUUGUCAGCUGUCAAGCUCUAGUUGAAUCUGAGUCUUCCUUAAAUGUAGUUAAGUGUUUGUCCGAUGUCCAUGCUUUGGUUUGCUUAUGUUGGUUCACGGUUUCAGACUAGUCCAUUUGUUAAUAUUUUCUUAUCUUCACUUUUUCAUUUAUUCUUCUUAUAGAAUUCAAAAUUAAUCGAGUAAUUGGAUUAAGGGGUGUUAUAUUUUAAUCAUCAUCAUUCUCACUAUCAAGUUGUGCCUUGCAAUUUUAGACGCCAAGAAAAACAGAGGUUUUUCGAUCUAUCUUUAUUAUGUUGAAUGUGAGAUAAAAUUACAUUGAUGUUUUCUAAUCUAUUUCAGAUUAGAAAGCUUAUCAUCUUGUCCUAAUCUGUGUUAUGCAAACCCUUAAACUCUUUUAUCGGCUUAAGUAAAAAAAUAUUUUUCCAAACUGGAGGGGGUGAUUGUGAAAAAGGUUUACUUGGUUCGCCAGUUAUCAUACCUUUUUCAU